AUGUGCAGCUCUAAGGCCAAAGUGACUGUAGGCAUAGAGGGUGUUGCUGCUACUACUACCACCACUGGCUUGCCUUCAGUGGCCAGAAUCAAUGGAAGGCCAGUCCUUCAGCCAACUUGCAACCGUGUUCCAAACCUUGAAAGGAGGAAUUCAAUCAAGAAAGUGCCACCACCAAAGUCACUUUCUCCACCAUCACCACCUCUUCCAAGCAAGACCUCAUUGACACCCCCUGUUUCUCCCAAGUCAAAAUCCCCAAGGCUUCCUGCAGUGAAGAGAGGGAAUGACAACAAUGGACUGAACUCCAGUUAUGAAAAGAUUGUCAUCCCAAAAAGCUCCUCUAAAGCUCCAACUUUGGAGAGAAAGAAGUCCAAGAGCUUCAAGGAAGGGUCCUGUGUGUCAGUCUCUAUAGAGGCUUCACUCAGCUACUCUUCCUCUUUGAUCACUGACUCCCCAGGGAGCAUAGCAGCUGUGAGGAGGGAACAGAUGGCACUGCAGCAGGCACAAAGGAAAAUGAAGAUUGCCCAUUAUGGAAGAUCAAAGUCUGCUAAGUUUGAAAGAGUUGUUCCUCUUGAUCCUUCAACCACUAGUAUCAUAUCAAAGCCAACUGAGGAGGAGAAGAGAUGCAGCUUUAUCACAGCCAAUUCAGAUCCCAUCUAUAUUGCUUAUCACGACGAGGAAUGGGGAGUUCCAGUUCAUGAUGACAAGAUGUUGUUUGAGCUUUUAGUCUUAAGCGGUGCUCAAGUUGGAUCUGAUUGGACCUCAACCUUGAAGAAACGCCUAGAUUUCAGGGCUGCAUUUUUAGAAUUUGAUGCAGAAACCGUGGCCAACUUGACUGAUAAGCAAAUGAUCUCUAUUAGUUCUGAAUAUGGCAUUGACAUAAGCAGAGUCCGAGGAGUGGUUGAUAAUGCUAACCAAAUUUUAGAGAUUAAGAAGGACUUUGGAUCAUUUGACAAGUACAUUUGGGGGUUUGUGAAUCAUAAACCCAUCUCCACUCAAUACAAGUUUGGUCACAAGAUCCCAGUGAAGACCUCAAAAUCAGAGAGCAUAAGCAAAGACAUGGUGAGGAGGGGCUUCAGGUUCGUUGGCCCAACAGUGGUUCAUUCAUUCAUGCAGGCAGCUGGCCUAACCAAUGACCACUUAAUCACAUGCCACAGGCACUUGCAGUGCACCCUAUUGGCAGCUCGCCCCAAUUGUACCAUAGAGUCAUCCCAAUAG